AUAGCACCGAAACGCGUCAGCGAAUGUCCGUCGCGUCCGCUACCUCAGCAGCUCGCCCUCAGCGUCCCUUUCGCUCGGGAACUCAGCAACGGGAGCACGCGUGCGCGCCCUCAAGACCACGACGUGCCAGAAGGGCCGAACGGUUUCACUUUCAUUCUUCGCGUCGCUCCGCGAUCGGUCAAACUAACUCGCGAGUCGCUCGCGGUCUCGGUGGUUGCCGGUCGGUCAGUGGCGCUACUUUCAUUUUCGAAAAAUCUGCCGGGGAUGCCCAGCGUGAAAAAUCGCCCAUUCGCCCAUGACAAUGCUACUUUAGGUGCCGUAACUGAAUGGACUUAAACGGCGCCAAACUGUCUGCCAUUCAGCAAGUGAACCAAGUUAUCCAAAACUGGAGCAAUCAAGUCGUGCAAUAUCGUAGUCCUAGCAAGUCACCAUCUGCCUAACACUUAAGGUGACGAGUAAGUCCACUCAGUAUUAGUUCCGCGCAACAAAUACAACCAGCUAAUCACACCAUGCAAACCUCCACCAUCGUCUUCAAGAGUGAGUCGAAGGACUUCCGGGUGCCUUCGGGCGGGAUCGUUUCGUCUUCCACCUCGUCGCCUACUACCACCACCACAAUGCGACCUCCGCCGCCUCCUCCGCCUCCCAGGAUCAAACUCCUCGAUGCCAAACUUGAGGAGCCGACCAGCUCCAUACCAGACCUAGAAUUUGACGGCACCACCGUUCUAUGUCGGGUGUGUGGCGAUAAAGCUUCCGGAUUCCACUACGGUGUCCAUUCCUGCGAAGGAUGCAAAGGCUUCUUCAGGCGAAGCAUCCAGCAAAAGAUCCAGUACAGGCCUUGCACUAAGAACCAGCAAUGCGCCAUCCUCAGGAUCAACCGCAAUCGAUGUCAAUAUUGCAGGUUGAAAAAAUGCAUCGCCGUGGGAAUGAGCAGAGAUGCAGUGAGAUUUGGUCGCGUCCCCAAAAGAGAAAAGGCUCGCAUUUUGGCGGCCAUGCAACAAAGCUCCAAUUCGCGCUAUAUGGAAAAAGCUGUUGCCGCCGAACUGGACGAUGAGCAACGUCUUCUCGCCACUGUCGUGCGAGCCCACAUCGACACGUGUGACUAUACCAGAGAUAAAGUGGAGCCGAUGCUGCGUCGUGCUAGGGAACAGCCCUCCUACACUGCAUGCCCUCCGACACUGGCUUGUCCACUAAAUCCCAACCCGCAGCCGCUCACCGGGCAACAGGAGCUGCUCCAGGACUUCUCCAAGCGAUUCUCGCCGGCCAUCCGAGGCGUGGUGGAGUUCGCAAAACGAAUUCCGGGUUUCUCACUCCUGUCCCAGGACGAUCAAGUCACUCUCCUGAAGGCGGGUGUGUUCGAAGUGUUACUAGUGCGCCUCACGUGUAUGUUUGACUCACAAACCGCCAGCAUGAUCUGUUUGAACGGCGAAGUGUUGAAAAGAGACUCUAUUCACAACAGCUCCAACGCUCGUUUUCUUAUGGACAGUAUGUUUGAUUUUGCUGACCGUAUGAACACGCUCAGAUUGUCGGAUGCCGAAAUCGGGCUAUUUUGCUCGGUGGUCGUGAUCGCCGCUGAUCGACCCGGCCUGAGAAACACCGAAUUGAUAGAGAAUAUGCACGAAAAGCUGAAGAAAUGUCUGCAGACCGUGGUGACUCAAAAUCACCCUGGACAGCAACACAUUCUUGAUGAACUAAUCAAGAAAGUCCCAGAUCUCAGAACGUUGAACACUCUCCACUCCGAGAAGUUGUUGGCGUUCAAAAUGACCGAACAGCAGCAAAUGAUGCAGCAACAGCACCACUUGUAUGGCUCGUCCGCAGAGGAAGAGUGCAAUAAUCAAAACAGCAAAAGUCCCGCAGCAUCUUCAUGGUCCUCGUCUUCAGACGUAACCAUGGACGAAGCGAAAUCUCCACUUGGUUCCGUAUCCAGUACCGAAUCCAUGUGUUCUUCGGAACUAGUGUCUAAUGAAUAUCAUCAUGUGCCGGCACACCAUGUUAGCGCCAAUGCUGCCAGUGCACCUCUGCUGGCAGCUACUUUGGCUGGAGGACUAUGUCCGCACAGACAUAGAGCAAACUCCGGCUCCACUUCCUCAGGAGAUGACGAAUUAGCUGCCACAUCACACUUGAUUCACAACGGACUAACGAUAACCCCCGUAUCCAGGCCUCCAGUCACGCACAGAUUUAGAAAAGUUGAUUCCCCAACGGAUUCGGGUAUUGAAUCUGGAACUGAGAAGCUGGACAAACCCACCUCCAUCUGUUCGAGUCCAAGGUCUUCAGUUGACGAUCACCACAUCGUCGAAGAUAUGCCCGUAUUGAAGCGAGUGUUGCAGGCGCCGCCUCUUUACGACACCAAUUCGUUAAUGGACGAGGCGUACAAACCCCACAAAAAAUUCAGAGCGCUAAGACAUAAAGAUUCAGCCGAAGCUGAGCCGGUCGUAGUAAUGUCACCUCAGCCGGCUCCAGUUUCGCAACUCCAAAUGCAAUUAUCGUCGCCACCUCAAUCCAUGCUGUCUAGCUCUCACUCCAUGUUGGCGAAGAGCCUCAUGGAAGGUCCCAGAAUGACUGCUGAACAGAUGAAAAACACUGAGGUGAUCCACAGUUACAUCAUGAGGGGCGAGUCUGCAGCACAGGCUUCGCCUCAUGUGACCGCCUCUCCUACUUGCCCCUACAAGAGUGGAGGUCUUUUGCAGCCCGCUUGGGCCACCAGUGUGAUUACCAGCGCGCGAUCCAUGUCCGCCAGCCCCAUGCACAUUCAGUCGCCACACUCCACAUCUCCAGCCCCAACAAGGUCACCACACCCGACGAUGUCUUUAGAGCUGCAUGUGGACGUGGCGGAGUCACAGCAGCCCCUCAACCUAUCCAAAAAGUCGCCCUCACCGUCACCGAGGCCGAAAAUGGAAAGUCUAGCGGUGUAGGUCCGAUUAGCGGGCCUGACUACAGUACAAAGUGGAGUGCUCGUGUCCACGGUAAGAGACUAUUCAGCCUUACUGUUCGAUCGUUUUGGUGCCACUUUAAUCUAAUUGUUGAAACCAAAAAAUUCAUAUUUACUGUAUAUUCAUCUCUACUUUGCUGUCUAUAUCUCUGUAUGUUGAUGUGUGACCAUGUUCGUAGUUUAGUGGCUCAUGUAAAGAUAUCUCUACUUCCUCCGCCAUGGCGGGCGACCUUCGCUCUUAUGUACAUAGUGGACCAAAUCGGGUCCCCCGCCCGCCCUUUCCGUAGUUAAGAUUUCUCAUUCAAACAAUCACUAAUUUAAAUUACUAUACGUAGAAUCAUUAUUAGUGGAUAAAUUUGAAUUACGAUUAAUUUCGGCAUCGGCACCCAAUCAGUCCCUGUAAUGAUUAAUAAUAUUAUUUUGUUAAUAUGUAUGUGAUAAAUUGUUUUCUAGGAUAUCUUCUCAGUUUGUAAAAAGUUACGAUAAGAUCGUUCACCGUCAUUCAUCCACAUUGAAUUGUAUCGCCACCCUUUUUUCAUUUAGAUUAGGCGCGAGUCGACUAGGAGACAUGAGACUGAGAGGGGAUGCCCCCUUUUACGCACUAGGCCCCCAAUAAAGGGCAACUCACCGUUUUGGGGCGCCCCUCAUCGUUAGUCCCCUGCUCGCAAAAUUUAGGACGUGUAAAGUUCUGCCCUCAACUUUAUAUCAUUAAUUAGUUCAGACUAGUGCAAACAAACUGUGUAUUAAUUUUAUUGAAUAAGUAGAUUUUUCUUUAUUAUAACGCCUCGACGUGCUUGACCCGCCAACUCUCAAGUUCCGGGUCCAGCAUCAACCGGCUUUCCUAUAGUGCUAUCACUGUGUAAAAACUUGUAAAUUUGAGGCUUGUUGAGGCGAACAGAAUAAAACAUGUCUUGGUGAUAUAGAA